CAAUAACAUGAGGCCAAUUUUCUGUGGGAACCUUGACUAUGAUGCUCGCCAGUCUGAAAUUGAGCGCCUUUUCAGCAAAUAUGGAAGGGUGGAGCGAGUUGACAUGAAGACAGGAAUAUCAUGCAGCAUCUGUGCUCCUCCUGGUUGAUGGACUAGGCUCUUCCUUUCCUGCCUGAGCCCCCGCCUCAUGCCCUGUCCAUUUCCAGGAGUUCACAGUCCACCAUGGCAUCUGUUCACUUGGAAACGACCACCUCGUGACUGAUGUCUUACCUUUACAUCAACGUUGCACCUUCCUCCCCCGCCUGAUUACAAUCUCCCACGUCAAUCCAACCAUGCCAAUCUCAUGGCCGGCUGGAGAAGAGUGGAGGUUGCACCAGCACCACCACCUCUGAACCAUGAACGUUUGGAUUACUGUACUCUGACAUCACUUAGUGCAACAUACACAAGGAUUUGCGUUCGUCUACAUGGAAGAUGAACGUGAUGCUGAAGAUGCUAUCCAUAAACUUGACAGAUAUGACUUUGGCAGAAAAGGGAGGAGACUUAGGGUUGAGUGGACAAAGGAGGAUCGCAGUGGUGGUCGAAAAGGGAAUGGGAAGAGAUCUCCAAGCAGUGUGAAACCAACCAAAACCUUGUUUGUGAUCAACUUUGACCCAAUCAACACAAGAACAAGAGAUCUGGAGAAGCACUUUGAUCAGUAUGGCAAGAUUGCAAAUAUCAGAAUCAGAAGGAACUUUGCCUUUGUUCAGUAUGAAUCACAGGAGGAUGCUACUAAAGCACUGGACGGUACUAAUGGAAGCACUGUGAUGGACAGGGUCAUUUCGGUUGAGUAUGCACUUCGUGAUGAUGAUGAAAAAAGGAAUGGAUACAGUCCAGACAGGAGAGGUGGGCGUGAUAGAUCUCCGGACAGGCGGGACAAUCGUGGUCGUUCUGCAAGUCCUUAUGGCAGAGGGCGGGAAAGGGGCAGCCCAGACUAUGGUAGGGGCAGGGAGAGGGGCAGCCCAGACUAUGGCAAGGGUGGUGCCAGAGAUAGUCCUGAUUAUGUCCGUGGUGGAAGCCCCCCAUACGUGGGCAAAGGUGAUGCAAGGGGUAGCCCCAAGUAUGACCGUGAACGCCGUGCAGCUAGCCCUGCCUAUGAAAGGGCCCGCAGCCGCUCACCUGUUGCGAGGGAAGACAGGGACUGAAAGUGCACCAAGCUGGACCCG